UCAGUGUUCUACACAAACUUUUUGAGAGAUGAAUUCUGAAAGUAAUUUAGGCUGAAAAUCUUUUUGUCUGUCAGUUUAUGUCAAGUUUGCUCCAGAGGCUGAAUAUUCCUUUAGUAAACGUGAUUUAUUUGGCAACACAUCUACAGGAAACCACCUUGAGGAAAAGGCAGGGCUGUAUGUUUCCUGAACAUGUCCAUCUCGCUGACGGGUUUCUGUGGCUUUAGCUGUAGCUGUUUAUUUCUUCAUCAUGACGGGCAGCAAGGAGGAUCACAUUAAUCAACAUUAAGCUUUGUUUUACCACUGAUUUCAUGGCGGCGUGUGUGCUGUGUAAAGUUGUGGAAUUUUGAGGGUUGGAAGGGGGAAAGAAGCGAAGGCCGUCCAAGGCCGAACUUCAUCACUUCCUGUUUCUUUACGAGGUCAGUUCCUGUCUUUAGUCUCGGGGACAGGCAGGAAGAAGGGAGGCGUGGAUAUGUUGUUUAGUUGGUGGGGUUAAGAAAUGGACGUCAACAUCAUCACAGCUUUACCACCAAGCAGCUGAGGGCUGUUACGGUGAAGCGCUUGUCCAAGUUGCGAUGGUGAUUGACAGAUGAUCUGACAGAGGAAGACAUCAGACGUCGUCUCCGUGCUGGUUAUCAUGGGGUGUGCCUGUUGCAAGCAGAAGAAGUCCGGCAAAGCAGCAGCGGCAACAUCAGCAGCAGUAGACAUUACAGAUCUGUCUCCUAGCAACGCAGAUGGAGGGUUGGCCGCUGCCUUGACUCAGGGCCGUUACUGUCCCGACCCCACUCAGACCAUCCCAGACUUCAACCAGGGCUUCUCAUCCAGCACCAUCUUCUCCAACACCAACACACACCAGAGGCCUGGAGUCAUAACAAGUGGUGGAGUCACCCUCUUUAUAGCUUUGUAUGAGUACGAAGCUCGCACCGAAGAUGACCUCACUUUUCAGAAAGGAGAGAAGUUCCAGAUCAUCAACAACACAGAGGGUGACUGGUGGGAGGCUCGCUCUUUGGACACAGGCCACUCAGGUUACAUCCCCUCCAACUACGUAGCUCCUGUCGACUCUAUACAGGCCGAAGAGUGGUAUUUUGGGAAGAUGGGGAGGAAGGAUGCGGAGAGACAGUUGCUGGGUAAUGGCAACCAGAGAGGAACUUUCCUCAUACGAGAGAGCGAGACUACCAAAGGUGCUUACUCUCUGUCGAUCCGUGACUGGGACGAUAACAAGGGAGACCACGUCAAACAUUAUAAGAUCCGCAAACUAGACAAUGGUGGCUACUACAUCACCACGAGAUCACAGUUCGACACAGUGCAGCAGCUGGUAGAGCACUACACAGGCACUAAUGAUGGGCUGUGUUAUUACCUGACUAUGCCCUGUCCCAACUCAACCCCACUCACCAUGGGCCUUGGGCGGGACGCCUGGGAGGUGCUAAGGGAAACUCUGUCCCUGCAAAGGAAGCUGGGACAGGGCUGCUUCGGGGACGUUUGGAUGGGCAUGUGGAACGGUACCACCAAGGUAGCGGUGAAGACUCUGAAGCCAGGGACCAUGUCCCCCGAGGCCUUCCUGGAGGAAGCUCAGAUCAUGAAGAGACUCCGCCAUGACAAGCUGGUGCAGCUCUACGCCGUUGUGUCUGAGGAGCCCAUCUACAUUAUUACCGAGUUCAUGAGCCAAGGAAGUUUGUUGGACUUCUUAAAAGAUGGGGAGGGGCAGAGUCUCAAGCUGCCUCAACUGGUGGACAUGGCUGCACAGAUUGCAGCUGGAAUGGCAUACAUCGAGAGGAUGAACUACAUCCAUCGUGACCUGCGAGCCGCUAACAUACUUGUUGGAGAAAAUCUGGUGUGCAAGAUUGCUGACUUUGGCCUGGCCAGGCUCAUCGAGGACAACGAGUACACGGCCAGACAAGGGGCGAAGUUCCCUAUCAAGUGGACGGCUCCUGAAGCUGCAUUGUACGGACGCUUUACCAUCAAGUCAGAUGUCUGGAGCUUUGGCAUCCUACUAACUGAACUCAUCACGAAGGGACGUGUGCCAUACCCAGGCAUGAACAACCGCGAGGUGUUGGAGCAGGUGGAGAGGGGCUACAGGAUGCCCUGUGCCCCGGGCUGCCCCGCCUCGCUCCAUGAACUGAUGGUGCAGUGCUGGAGGCGAGAGGCUGAUGAGAGGCACACCUUUGAGUACCUGCAGUCCUUCUUGGAGGAUUACUUCACAGCCACAGAGCCGCAGUACCAGCCCGGAGAAAACCUGUGACCACACACGUGUAGGACAGAUGUGGAGCAAUGAACGGACAAACAUAAAGUGAAUGACAGACAAACACAAAGGCAGACGUGGAUGUAUACAUGCAGAUAUACCGAUAUGCCUUCAUUGUAUUUGUAUUUCUACUGUGCACACACACACACACACACACACACACACACACACACGCACACACACACACACACCACACACACACACACACACACACACACACAGACACACACACACGCACACACACACAUGCACACGCACAUGCACAUUAAGAUACAUAUCAUUGCUUUGUUUUAUUAAAGACAGUUUCCUCCUUUUGGUUAUUGAUCACUGCAGUGCAGCUCAUUUAGGACAGAUCAGUCAACCAUGUUGAAGAGUCGGAUCUCUGCUGAUCAGGCCUUGCAGUAAUGUUGCUUUACUCUGUAACCAUGACAACAAGGAACUGAAAGAAGAUGUAGAUGGUUGUGUUGAGGUGGGGGGGAAGUUGAGCUGGUACAUGAUUUGUUCAGCUGCCAUACAUUUCCAGGUCUUUUUGAUUUCUGUUUCUGAGAAGAGCAGCUUUGAAGGGGAACUGGUUGCCUGAGAAAAAUAUGUGAAAUGAUAGAAGGUGCAACAGGUUUCAGACAACAUUAAAUGAUCAUUGUGAACUUGAUAGAUUAUGUAUGCAGACACUGUAAGAUAUGACUUACAAUCAUCUAAAAAGGCUUUUGAACUGAUCCAUGUCAUCACCUAAAGGGGGGAACUGAUUACAAACUUGCUCCAACAUGUGCCUUUAAGUGGUCAAAUAAGGGCUGUUUUAGAUUUGAAGUACCGUGCUAGUAAAGUCUGAGACGAGAGAUGGUAUGCUCUUUGUUUGUCUGAUCAUUUGAAUGACAAUUUUGUAUGAACUGUCUCUUUUUCUGUUUUAAUUUAACUCAGAUAUAUCUGUGCAACACAAAAACUUCUAUAUUAACAUGUAUUCAGUUGUCAUCCAUUGGGAGGACUGGGUGAAAUAUUACACAUCAAGGGGAUCAAUGUCAGUGGUCUCUGGAAGUAAAAUGUUUUAAUUCUGUGUUUUUUUUGACAAAAGAGUGUAACCUUUAUAUGAUUUUAUGAGAUGCCUUGUUAUGUUAUUGUAAUAAAAAUCUAAUAUCUUU